UUCAAUUUAUUCUGAUUUUGAAUAAUAAUUUUUUUUUUGAAAACAUUGAAAAACAUUGAAGCAACUGUGUGUACAACCAGAAAGAUGAUCAUCUAUAAUAUUUUAAUUGUUUUAUUAUUGGCCAUUAAUACAUUGGCUAAUCCAAUUCUACCAGCAUCACCAAAUGCAACUAUUGUUGGUGGUGAAAAAGCAUUAGCUGGUGAAUGUCCAUAUCAGAUUUCAUUACAAUCAAGUAGUCAUUUUUGUGGUGGUACUAUUCUUGAUGAAUAUUGGAUUUUAACAGCUGCACAUUGUGUUGCCGGACAAACAGCAAGUAAACUAUCAAUUCGUUACAAUAGUUUAAAACAUUCAUUAGGUGGUGAAAAAAUAUCUGUUGCUAAAAUUUAUGCACAUGAAAAAUAUGAUAGCUUUAAAAUUGAUAAUGAUAUUGCAUUGAUCAAACUUAAAACACCAAUGAAAUUAGAUCAGAAAAAUGCCAAAGCUGUUGGAUUACCAGCAAAAGGAUCGGAUGUAAAAGUUGGUGAUCAAGUUCGUGUUUCUGGUUGGGGUUAUCUUGAAGAAGGAAGUUAUUCAUUACCAUCUGAAUUAAGACGUGUUGAUAUUGCUGUUGUAUCACGUAAAGAAUGUAAUGAAUUAUAUUCAAAAGCUAAUGCUGAAGUUACUGAUAAUAUGAUUUGUGGUGGUGAUGUUGCAAAUGGUGGUAAAGAUUCUUGUCAAGGUGAUUCUGGUGGACCGGUUGUUGAUGUUAAAAAUAAUCAAGUUGUUGGUAUUGUUUCAUGGGGUUAUGGUUGUGCACGUAAAGGUUAUCCAGGUGUUUAUACACGUGUUGGUAAUUUUAUCGAUUGGAUUGAAUCAAAACGUUCACAGUGAUUGAUAAAAACAAUUUCGACAUAUAAAAAUUGGCAAAUGAUGCCAUUAUAUGUUAUCAUUAUGUUUCUGGUGAUUCUUUUUCUACUUUUAUCAUUUUAUUUUAUAUUCGAGUUGAAAACAAACAAUC